AUAAAUACCUGCAGUUUUCCCUUUCAGACAUAAAUGAAUGUGAUGCCAAUAACCCAUGUGCACAACAGUGUUACAACAUACUGGGUUCUUUCAUCUGCCAGUGCAACCCUGGCUUUGAGUUGAGCAGUGACAGAAUCAACUGUGAAGACACUGAUGAAUGCAGAACCUCAAGUUAUAUAUGUCAGUAUCAGUGUGUCAACGAACCGGGAAAAUUCUCAUGUGUGUGCCCUGAGGGAUACCAGGUAGUAGGAGGCAGAACAUGUCAAGAUAUAAAUGAGUGUGAGACAACUAAUGAGUGCAGAGAGGAUGAAAUCUGCUGGAAUUACCAUGGAGGAUUUCGCUGUUACCCAAGAAAUCCUUGUCAAGAGCCUUAUGUCCUUACAUCUGAGAACCGCUGCGUGUGCCCUGUAUCUAACACCAUUUGCCGAGAGCUGCCUUACUCUGUGGUGUACAAAUACAUGAGCAUCCGCUCAGACAGGACAGUGCCCUCUGAUAUCUUCCAGAUCCAGGCAACCACCAUUUACCCCAAUACUAUAAACACAUUCCGGAUCAAGUCUGGGAAUGAAAAUGGCGAAUUUUACCUGAGACAAACCAGCGCAGUGAGCGCGAUGCUUGUGCUGGUGAAGUCCCUCUCAGGACCCAGAGAGCACAUUGUGGACCUGGAGAUGCUAACAGUCAACAGCUUGAACUAUCGUACGAGCUCCAUGCUGAGACUAACAAUAAUAGUGGGACCUUAUGCAUUUUAGUGGUUUGCAAUAACCCUUCACUGGCACUUAAAGCAGCCAAAGAAUAUUAUGGUAAAGAAAGCACUUACUAUUUUAUUUAUAGAUUUUGCUCUCUUUUUUAAAGAUUUGUUUAGUAAGUUGAUAUCUUUUAUUCACACAUUACACCUGUAAUUCCAAAUUAGUAGAUGUGUUCCAUAGUAUAACAUGGGCAUUGUCACUUUCUGUAUAAAGAUUUAAAUCCUUUUCAUUAUCUUCCUUGGACUAGAUACAUGCUAUGCUUUUGUAUGAGAACUGUAUGUUCAUACUAUCCUGUAAAACUUCACACACCCUUCCUAGCCAAAUAGGUCAUGCAAUUUAAAAGUGAUCUUCCGUGUUGUUUUUCUUUUCAAUUCUAAUGCAGCUACACUGAAUCUCAAAAAAGAAAAAAAGUUAUCUAGUAUGAAUGAUACACAAAGUUAUCUGAUAAGCUAAAAUAUAUUUCUUUUUAACUGCUUAGGAACAAAAGAUAACAGUCAAUAAAAAUCUAUUUCUGUAGACAUUUACGUGCUAUCACAAUUGGUUUUUCUAAUCUGGGUUGGAGGUGAAGUUACAUUGUGAGAAAUGCUUUGCAUCAGGUUUUUAUAUGCAGAUUGUGUUAACUGCACCACAGAAUAACAUUCUGCUCUCUCCAAUAAAAAUAGACCAUAGGAAGAAUAUUUCUCCAACAAAGAAAGAAACUCCAAAUGGAAAAUCAGGGCACAAAUGUCCAUGCUCUCUCCUGAGAACACUGUUGAUAGUAACGGGUUAGAGGGAUGCAGCAUUUUCAGGCAGAAGUUAACAUAUUAUUUUACCAGAAAUACUAUGUUGUAUACUAAGAAUUGAGUGCAUUUUCUUACUAAGUUAUAUCAUUUCCAGGCACUCGGACCUGUUCCUGCUCUUACAGCUCAGAUGUAUCAUGUACAGUGUUCAUAAAAUUUAUUUCUAAUUCAAGAACUAAUAACACCUUUUGUAAUAUGUAAAAUCUUAUUUCUUGUUUAAAAUGCAGUAGUUAAUCCUUUGAUGUACAAAAUUUUUAAUAAAGAUCUCUUACCAUAUUGUA